UUCUUGGUUACAGUUUCUUCCUCUCUUUUCAGUCCCUGCAGGCUACUGAUACAGCUUAUGUUCCUAUGGAAGGUUUUUCAUUCACUCCCAAAUUACUUUGGGUAAUUCUACUAUUUGGGGCUUUGACUGGAAGGUCCGUAGAUGCUGUUCCAAGGUCAAUAGUCUCCCUGCAUCCCUCAUGGAGAGUUUCCACUGGAGAGAAUGUGACCUUUCACUGUGAAAUACCUGGUAUUUCCGGUGGCAAUCAGACCAAAUGGCUUUUCAAUGGCACUAACAUCCCAUACCAAACUUCCAGUUUUAGUAUCACAGCUACCAUUGAAGACAGUGGAAAAUAUCGAUGUAAGAUUGAUAAUUCUUCCUUCAGUGACCCUGUAUAUCUGGGAGUCUAUGUUGCUUCAAGCAAAAAGCCCAUAGUAGAUACUUCAAAGGCUAUACUAUCCCUGACUCCUCCAUGGAACAGAAUUUUCAGGGGAGAUAAUGUAAGCCUUCACUGUAAGGGAUAUGGCACCUCCAAUACUAACGAGACUCAGUGGUUCCACAAUGGUAACCGGCUCUCAGAAAAAACUCCCACUUAUGACAUCAUUUUUGCCACCUACAAUGACAGUGGAGAAUAUGAGUGUCAAACUGGUGAUUCUGCCUUCAGUGACUCUACGUUUCUAGGCGUCUACAGUGACUGGCUGCUCCUCCAAGCUUCACUUUUGGUUAUAGAAGAAGGAGAACCUCUAAUUUUGAGUUGCCAUGGUUGGAAAAACCGAAAUGUCUACAAGGUGACUUUCUACCAUAAUAACAGAUCUCUCAACUACUGGUAUGAGAACCAUAACUUCUAUAUUCCUUAUGCCACAAUCAACAACAGAGGCUUCUAUCACUGCUCUGGUAUCCUAUGGAGAAUAUUCUACACCUCAGAACUUUUAUAUAUUGAUUUCAAAGGUACUCUCAGCUAUAUGCAAAUCCUUAUCCCACUGAUGACAGGAAUUCUAUUUGGUGUGGACACGGCUAUAUUGGUUUUGACAAGGAAGCAACUCCAUUACCUGUUGGAAAAGGAGAGGAUCUUGGCAACCAAACGCAGUCCAAAGGCUGAUCCUGAAGCUGAAUCAAAGGUUCAGGUUGAGGUUCUAUAGGAGGCCAACCUUGAUCCUGAGUUCAAGAAAAAGGGGUUGAUCUUAAUUCUGAACCUGAAACUAAUAUAGAUCCUGAUCCUGACCUGAUAUCAUUGUGAUUGAUAUCUCAUGUUACAGCAUGAGCAACAGAGCUUCACAGAGAAGACAUUGCUUUAGGACUAAUUUUCUUCCUCUGUAAAAUUGGAAUAAUUGUUCAAUUUCC